CAAUGGAGUGGCUAAUGUAGCAAGUAAAUAUGCUCUCAGAUUUUCAGAUGGAUGUCUUUUCAAACAACUAUCAUAUUUAGUAAUUUCAGCUUCUGCAAAGGGAUACAUUAAAAAUCAAAUUACAUUUGAAAUUUCAAGUUUAAUGUAACAAGUUUAUAAUUACCUAAAAUUUUAACAUCAUCUACAGCUUUCAGUCUAUAAUAAUGGGGUGGAACUUGUCCUCGGGGAGUUACGAUAAAUCGAGGAUCGCUGAUAAGUGGCGGAUCGUACUGAAUUCUUGGGAUUACUUCUAUUCUUCUCUCGAUUUCCUUCUUGAGGGACUAAGUAUCAAUAGUACACUGUGAUAGUGUAUAAUUCUUUAAAAUAUUUGGAUGAUACAUAAUUUCAUAGAACGAUCAAAUUAAGUAGUUUAUCUGUAAAAUCGUGCAAUGUAUUUGAUUUGCGGUGUCUCAGAUUGCACAAAAUGCAUUGCACAUCACGAAUCGACGGCUCAGUUGUCUUAAAGAACGCGCGUUAGUAUGGAGCUCGUCAAUUAAAAGGUUAAGGUCGGAAUAAUUGAACGGACACUAAACAAUGUUAUGCGACAAUUAUUCUGCGUUAACAAGUUAACAAUUUCUUAGAAGAUAAGAUUCUGUGUAUAAUCUGCGUAAUUGUUACUUAACCACAUCAAAGGAGAGCUGAUUUCAUUUGUGAAAAACCCAAAUCAACGCGAGGUCAUCAAGAAUACUGACUGCAUAAAUAUGGAUGAAUUUCCCAUUUGCUAUAAAAUUUAUUCUAUUUAUCUUUAGUUUGCAACCCUGUCGAUGACAAAAUACACGAUAAUGUGUAAUUGUGUGUUUAAACUUUCGCAUUACAAGCGUUGUUGAUACAACGAGUAGUGUAAUUACAAAGAAAUUAGAAGCUCAUUAAAAUCAAACGUUUCAAGAUUUAUUACGAUAGCCUCAUAUUUUCAAGAAAAACUUGACGUAUCAACAAGAGUGACGGAAAAAAAAUAAAAUUUUUUGUUAAUGACUGGUGUAUGUAAAUAUUAAGAUAAGAAAAGGAAGAGAAAAAACGAGGAAACAUUUUCUUUUUAUACUGAGUUUGAAGAAAAUGCCGAUACUAUCGCAAUUGUCUCGACGAUUUAGUAUGUUAACAACCGAUGCAAAACCUGAUCCACCGCGCAUAAGGAUCGAAGGAUAUACGCACAAUCUAAAUUCUAAUACAGAGAACGAGAAAGUAGAAACAAAAUCAAAAUUAGCUUCUAUUACUCCAGAAGUAGAAUUCGAGGAAAACGAUGUAACAUCGGAACGAAGGAAAUCUGUGUUAAACGAUGCGAUACCAACAAAUGCUAAUCCUUCCUCCACUAAACAAAACUUCGACGAUACAAAUUAUUCUGCGACUGAUGAGAAACAAAAUAAAGGACCAAAUGUUAAAACAAAAAAGAAGUCGAAACAGUACAGAUAUUCACAAGGAGCACACGUUGUAAACUACAAUAUAAUUAAUUCGAAUGGAGUGAAAAUUGGUCCGAAGACCAGUUAUAUUUGCAAUAUUAAUCAAUUUUCUUCGAAAGAUGCGGAAACAUCGGAAGAAAGAGGGUCGAAAGUUGAAGUUCGUCAGAUGCCGGCGAAUAUUAAAGAUUUGUGUGCUUCUACAGAGGAAAUUAAUUUAGAGGAUAUAUUUAUCAUUAAAACUUACAUGGGACGGGGUUGGAGGGACGUUGCUAGAAAGUUAUUAUAUUCGGAUGGACAAAUUGAUCAAUUCGAAGAGAAUUACAGAUUCAGAGGGAUAGGCGAAGUAGUAUAUCAAAUACUCCUUGAUUGGAAACAAGCAAACACGAAAGAUGCAGAAAUUGGUAAGUUAGUAAAGGUAUUAUGGACUUGUCGCGAAUACGAUUGCGCGGAACAGCUAGUUUCCGCCCGAAAAAAUUUGGAGUAAUUAUUUUCUAUUGGGUGUAUAUACUUACAUAUGUAUACAUAUACGAUAUAUUAUAAGUAUAUUAAUAUAAUAAUGUGUACCAUUAUUACAAUGGACAAAUUUUUUAUCAUAAAUGUAAUGAUAUUAUAAAUCAGUGUAAUCUGCACCGAUUACAUUGCAUAUAUACAAAAUAAAAAUAUACAAAUCUAAA